GUGAAUACUGAGCAUACCGACCAGGCAGACGGGGAGGGGAGCUGAUAAAACGUUACCGGCGGCACCGAGUAGCCCCCCAGUCCGGCCUCCCCCCGCUGGUUCAAACCCGUGUACCGGUGAGUGACAGGACUGCCGGGACACAUUAGAGAAAGCGAGACCGACCGGAGCGGAGCGACAGACCGCGAGGGUCAGUGAAGCGGCGCGAGGGAGGGAGGCGGGGGGAGGAGGAGGAGGAGGAGAGUCCCGGCGAGGCGGGAUCCCCCCCCCCCCCCACCGGAGUCUGAGGAGGAAGAAAGGCGGCGACGGUUCACUGUUUCCCACCACUUGCAGUCCCCUACCGUAGGAUUACUCUACAGAACCGGAGCCUCUUCACCUCCGCGCUUUCCCGUGGAUUACGUCAUCAGGAGACGGUGAUUCGGGGACCGGCACAUUUUUUUUGUAUUUCAUUCCAAGUUCAUCAUCUUUAUUAAAAAUUAAAAAAAAAUCAGUCCUGUCUGCUCUCAAAACCAAACAUGGGGAAUACAAGGGAACUAUUCUUUCUUGGGUUGGCCUGUUUGAUGAUAAAAUGCAACAAAUGUGAAAUCAACGAGUGUGACGAUCAAAAAGUAUGUGGGGACAACGCCGUCUGCUUCAACACACCAGGCAGUUACUACUGUCAGUGCAGGGAGGGCUUUGAAAACAAGUAUGGGGCAAAAAAUUUCACAGCAGUAAAGGGACAUUGCUUAGAUAUAAAUGAGUGUUAUAAAGACAAAACCAUCUGUGGCCCUUUGGCUCAGUGCAAGAAUCAGAUGGGGAACUACAGCUGCAUCUGCAGUUAUGGAUAUGACUCCAGUAGAAACUGCAUAGAUAGAGAUGAAUGCAAGGAAGCUGCAGCCAAAGAGGAGCUCAUCUGUGGAGAAAAGGGAACCUGCAGGAACGUCAAUGGGAAUUAUUGGUGUGAUUGUGCAGAAGGGUAUUCCAGUUAUGGCAAUAAACAGACUCCAUGCUCAAAGCUCAACUGUGAUGGCUUCAGCGCUGAUGGAGGACCUUCACUGUCGCUCCAAGGUCUGGCUGAGAUAGAGUCCAUGAUGAGGAACAGCUGCUUGGCUCUGUCCAGUUCAAGCGCUGCUGGGGAGGGAAGGCCGGAUGGAAACACGCUGCUUGAGAAACUUUUAACAGCAACCGAGCAGGUCCUGUCUCCAAGACCUCUGACUGACAGCAAAAGUGUGACCAGGCUGCUCGCAACGGUGGAGCGCUCCAUUUUACUGAUCGGUCCUCAGCUCAAAGGCAACAGCACCAACAUGGAGACGACGGAGACCGAUGUGCAGAUCAAGGUUCAAAGAGGUAGAACCCGACCAACUGGACCGAUCCAUUUGACCACGGGAAAUGCCAGCCUCAGCACUGACUGGGAAACAGCAGCAGGAAUGGGAACGUACCCUGGUUUCGCUUUGGCAGCGCUGCUGAGCUACAAGAAGCUUGAAGGUUCUGUGAAUGGAUCGUUUGAGGAGCUUGAAGAGCAGGAAGGCUCAGGACCGUCCUUCCAGGUCUUCUCCAGAGUUGUUUCAGUUGUAGUCUCCAAUCCGUCCACUCAGAACUUGAGUCGCUCCGUCUACAUCACCCUCAGACAUCUGCAGGACAUGGAGGAGUCCCUGGAGCUGCGGUACAAGUGUGCAUACUGGAAGGAGAGCGGCGCCUGGUCCACAGAUGGUUGCCGCCAGCACCAGUCCAACAAAACGCACACAGUUUGUGUUUGCAGCCAUUUGAGCAGCUUUGCUGUGCUGAUGGCCCUUUACCCACUAGAGCCUAAUUUUGAACUGGAGCUGCUGACCAAGAUUGGGUUGGGCGUGUCCCUGCUAUGUCUGGCUUUAAGCAUCUUUACAUUCAGGUUUUGCCGCUCCAUACAAGGGACUCGCACCACCAUCCAUUUGCACUUGUGCAUUUGCCUCUUCAUGGCGGACCUCUUCUUCCUGGCUGGGAUUUCACAAGUUAAACCUGAGGCCGGCUGCAGGUUUGUGGCGGCGAUGCUGCAUUUCUUCUUUUUGGCCGUGUUCACCUGGAUGCUGCUGGAAGGGGUGCAGCUGUACCGAAUGGUCGUCCUGGUGUUCAACGCCACGAUGCGGCCGCUCUACAUGUACGCCAUGGGUUACGGGACGCCCCUCCUCAUCGUCCUGGUGUCCGCGUGCAGCAGACCCAAGGGCUACGGCACAGAGCAGCACUGCUGGCUGUCCCUGGAGGACGGCCUCAUCUGGAGCUUCUUCGGCCCGGUGUGCUUCAUCAUUCUUGUCAACGUUGUUUUCUUCAUCUUCACUGUUUGGAAGCUGGCCCAGAAGUUCUCCAGCCUCAACCCGGACCUCUCCAGCCUGCACAAGAUUCGGGCUUUCACAGUGACCGCCAUCGCACAGAUGUGCAUCCUGGGGCUGAUGUGGGUGUUCGGCGCCUUCCUCUUCCAGGAGGGAACGGCGGUGGUGGCCUACAUCUUUACCGUCCUCAACAGCCUGCAGGGGGCUCUGAUUUUCGUCAUGCACUGCCUGCUGUCUAAACAGGUCAGAGAGGAGUAUGCGCUCCUGUUCUCCUGCAUCUGCACGCCGCAAAAGAGAUACUCGGACUUCAGCAGCACCAACCCCUCCAGCAGUCAGUCCCAGGGAUACCGUAGCGGACAGCACACAGGAGAAUCUCAUAUAUGAAGAGUCGACUUUCCAUCGGCUCGGACCGAAACAUGAAAACCCUCCGACUGUAAUGGAUGUUUGAUAUUUUGGAAAGUCUUAAAGAUGAAUUUAGGACGGGACGGAUCUACGAUCAACCUGUUCAUGCUGAUCAUGAUAGACUUCAAAUUCCUGUGGUUUCUACUUUUGCAUCUUAAAGUUUUUUCUUUUUUGAGGUUGUAUUUUUAUUAUGUUAUUCAACAAACGGGAAAAUUGUUAAGGUAUAUUUUGGUUAUUAUAGUUUUUUUAUUUAUAAUGUCUGUAAAUCUAUAGAGCAUAUGGAGAAAAAAAAGAUUUUGAUAUUUACUUUGUGGUACCUAGAGAUAUAAGCUGCUGAAACACACAGAUCCACUGUUAUUGAGCCUCAUCACAGUUCAGACUGGGACCAUCAAAGUGUGUCGUCUUAUCCCCCAGUCACCUGUGAUGAGGCGUGUUUGCUGUUUCCGUAGCAACAGUCCGAUCGUUGUAAAGCUGUUUGGUGGAUUCCUGGAUCCGCUCCGAGCUCGGACAGGAUAAGCUCUGCUCCCUUCAAGGUCCAGAAAAAGCUUCACGUUUGUGGAUCUGUGUAUCACACGCUGCCAAACAGAAUCGCACUUUACAACACGCCAAUGUUUCCGUCUGACCUUCGCUUCUAUUGAACCUUUUUGAGACGAAUGCAAAGAAAACUAGAAGGAGCUGCAAUUCCAGAAGAACAUGCAGGGUUGAUGCUACACUGCUGAAUGAAAAAUAAAGAAAGAAACGAUCAAAGUUUACCUUAAAUAAAGUGAAAACAGCACAAUAACAAUAAAGAUAUGUUUGUGAAAAAUGCUAGAGCCGGUUAUCGAACCAGUGAGCUUCUGCAGCGAGGAUCCCCCAUUUAUUUCAACGGAGGCAGAAAUCCUGGAAUAUUCGGAAAAGUUCAAGGGUUUGAAGGAGCAAAAGUCACAGCUGGAAAAAGCUGAAAGAGCUGAACAUUAGAAUAGUUGAACAAUUGAAAUAAGAAAGAGACAAAAAGUGGAGGAAGAUACUAGAAUAAAGAAAUAGAAACAGGAAAACGAUGGUUGAAUACUUUAUAGCAUUCAACCAUUGAAUUCUUAUAGCUUUAUCGCAUUCGUUUCUGGACUUCCUGCAGUUCUGAGCUGCUCUUCUGUUGCUUUGCUUUUAUUUUCACUUCCGUAUGGAAAGUUUGAAUUAUUGCUAAAUAUCACGGAGAAGACGGUUCCACGGAAAACAGCGCCGCCCGCUGAUGAGCCUUCAGCUUCCUGCUCACAGGUUGGGUUGAUCAGACGUGUUUCGGGUUUUUGUUGGGGCCGUUUGGCGUCUCAUAGCGUCUGUGAAGGCAGUUUUGCAGAAAGAGAGGCUGACUUUGCAUUUGACAGCACUUUUGUGAAAAAGACAGCCGGUCACCCACUCCCCCCCGUCUGCCGUACGUCUACCAGACAGCUUGUUCUACAGACGUCCGUCCUCGACAUGAUGUCACCGUUUUUGUUUGAACCGGUGAUCUUAAAGAAUUAGAAUUUGUGUUUUGGUUUAUUUUAUAAGUUCCUUAUUGUGUUGUUGAAAUAUCUGUAUUUGGUACAGCUUUUUGUUCUGAACCUUUAAUAAAGCUUCCACUCUGACUGAA